AUGUCCUGGGCCAUUGGUUCCUUAGAGAUCUCGGCCUCCGGGGCCCUCAUUAUCUCCGGGCUUCUCUGGAUUGUCCUGAUCGGCGUUUUUCCCUUGCUCGUACUGAUCAACGCCUCCCCGAGCCCCGGGCCGAAGGGCUGUCGGCGGCUGGGCCUUCCUCAAGGGCAGAGCAACCUGACCGAUGAAUAUGACCAGAAAUACAGCGAGGGCGUCCCAAGUGACACCAAAGACGAGAACGGUCAGCCGGCCUGGCGCGUCAAAGCGCUCUUUACCUACCCGCUGAAAUCGUGUGGUGGCAUCGAGCUGCAGAAGUCCGACGUCGUGCCGACGGGCCUCAAAUUCGACCGCCAGUUUGCCUUCGCCGAGGAAACUGCCAACGGAUGGAACUGUCGCACCCUGCGCAACGCUGGGUUCCAGCGCAUGGCCCUAAUCCACCCGGAGAUCUGGGUUCCUGACCCUUCCUCGCCGGACUAUGACGAACGCCGGCCGGAAAUGCAGUCGGGCGGCGUGAUGGUCAUUUCGUACCCUCGACUCGCGCCAUUAGGUCUCUGGGGAACGAUGAUCAAGAUCGGAAUGACAUUCCGCAUCCUCGCGACCCGACGCAAAUUCAGUGUCCCUCUCGUCCCGUCGCAGGACAGCAAGUACCCGGUGGUGCCGGUUAGCAUCUGGAAAGACACGCCGCGCGCGUACGACUACGGCAGUCUCCUCCCGGCUUCGCUGCAUGAAUAUCUCGGCUUCAAGCCCUCAGAGUCCCCCCUGACUCUGUUCCGCGCACAUCCGUCUCACAGCCGUGAGAUCUUCCGCAACGCCCCGCGCAAAGAGCAGAUUGGCUUCCAACCCAGCACUGCCUUCGCAGAUGCCUACCCAAUCCACCUCCUCAAUCUGGCCAGUCACCGGGAUGUCGCUGCGCGCUGCGCGGCCGCAAUCCCGCGUCUGAGUAUCAGGAGAUUUCGCGCAAAUAUAAUUGUCCAGGGGCCGGAAGCUUUUGCCGAGGACCAUUGGAAGAGGUUCACGAUUGGCGGUACGGAAAUCCAUGCUGCGUGCCGGACUGUCAGAUGCAGGCUGCCGAAUGUGGAUCCUGAUACUGGCGAUCGCCACAAGGCAGAGCCGGAUCGGACGCUGAAGUCGUAUCGCCGGAUCGAUGAUGGGGAUCGCACGAACGCGUGCCUGGGGAUGCAGCUUGUGCCUUCUGUGGAGGAGUUUUCCGUGUCGGUUGGUGAUGAGGUGCGGGUCUUGGAGACGGGUGAGCAUCUUUAUAUGAAGAUGCUGGCGCCUGGGGAGAAGGUUGAGGGUGUAUAA